UUUACGUGACGUCAUCUGUCAUGGCGGAAAGGAGGGAUAAAAAAUAUUUGACCAAAUGAACGUUUAGUUAUGCGAUCGCACUGGUUUUUAUCCUCCCUUACGCGUUGAAAACCCCAAGUAUUCAAUUUCAAGAGCACUACAAAUCUCCAAGAUGACUCUUAUGGUGUUUUUCGGUUGUACUUUUAUCGCGUUCGGGCCUGCUUUGGCCAUGUUUUCUCUUACCAUCGCCGGCGAUGCUCAGCAAGUUAUCGUAUUAAUAGCAAGUGCUUUCUUCUGGCUCCUUUCUCUCCUGAUAUCGUCUAUAUGGUGGAUGGUUGUGUCUCCUUUAAAAGAUGAGUUGGCUUUUGGAAUGACGUUCUCGGUUUUGUUUCAAGAACUCUUCAGAUUCGCUUAUUUCAAGAUUAUAAGGAAAGCAGAUGAAGGAUUACUGUCUAUGAUCAACAACCAGUCUCCACUGAGGAAGCAUAGGAUUGCUUAUGUUGCUGGUCUUGGCUAUGGUCUAAUGAGUGGUCUCUUUGCUAUGGUCAAUGUACUUGCUGAUAUAUCUGGUCCAGGGUCAAUUGGUCUGCACGGGAAUGCUCAGAAUUUCCUUAUAGUCUCAGCAUUCCUUACAUCCUGUUUCGUACUACUGAACACUUUUUGGGGUGUCAUCUGGUUUGAUGGCUGGGAGAACAAGAAAUGGCUUAAUGUGUUUGUUGUAGUUGCCAGUCAUCUUUUUGUCUCAUUAAUGACCCUUCUGAAUCAAGACAGCCAGUAUAUAGCAACUCUAUUAUCUGCCUACUUUACACUGGUUGUCAUGGCGGUGUUAGCAUUCAAGGUGGCGGGUGGAAGCAUGUUUAAUGUGUACAGGGUGACGACAGGGCGUCCCCAGGGUGACUACUGACCAGCAUUCAGAUGAGCUGCCCUAGACAAGCCAUUGUACACUUUUGGAACAAGUUAAACAAAUACUGUUUUUGACUAGACUGAUCAAGGCAGGAGAUCUUCCAAGCUGCAAUUUGCUUUAGGACACAGUUUAACAGAAACUGUUUUGAGUACACCAAAUAAGGCAAAAGCUGUAUUGUUACAUGUUAAAACCAUGUUAAGGAAGAGGUGUUUAGGAGGAGGGCAAGCAGGCAAGUCAUGUAGGAUUCUUUUCGUUAUGAUUUACAUUGUACAAUAUUCAGACCUUUGAUGCACUGUAAAACCUCCAUAUAACGGACACUUUCCCGAUUUCUUAAAGUAGGCACCUCACUAUAUAUACAGGCACAUACCUUGGGGGAGGGGGGGUGUGCGCACCUACCCACCCCUCCUCAGCCAAUCCUGGGAACACGCCUGAUAUAUAAGACAUUUUUUUUGCCUUUAGUUCCCACUAUAUGAGGGGUCUGCUGUAUUUAUAGUGUCCACUAUAUGAAGGGUAUGCUGUAUUUAUAGUGUCUACUAUAUGAAGGGUAUGCUGUAUGCUUUUUCAUAGAAUUAAUAAAAGGACGGUUGAUUUUUUCUCAAGAUUAGAAAAAUUGUAAAAAAAAGUUGUUGUGCCAAUUUUUUGUUUCGUUGUGGCAGGGAAGAAAAUUUGAGUAAAUAGAAAACACUGGUA